ACCGGCACCAUUAUGCCUAUGAAAUCCUCAAAGCGUGCCUCCGCGUUCUUUACAUCUUUCUCAGCGCCUGCAACUAUCUGAGCGACCCUGAGUCGCCUCAAAAUUUCAAGCUGGAAAUGAGCCGCGCCACAACUUCACGAAUGAGAACGAGAAGCUCGAGGCAGCUGCCUCCAGUGCGACGACGGCCUUCAAGAUUGCCGCAGACGAGGACCAGCAGGGACGUCUACUCUUUCCCCGGCAGCGACGUGUCGGAGGAGGACUCUGACGGGGAUGCCGGUGACAACCAAGGGCCCACGUUGGUGACGGAGCCGGCGGGCCAUUUGCUGCACGACGUCCAUGCAACGUCUGGCGGGCAGGAUCAUGAGGACCGAACCGUCGACUGGGUUGGCAGUGCGGAUGGCAGUUUCGGGUAUUUCACUCGCAAUCAUGCGAGUGCUAUGGGGAGGGAGCGGCUGGGAGGCACCGACUCACAUUCAGUGGGCGAAAGCGACGAUAUACCGGCUGACCCUGACGAGAUGAGGGUGGAUAGGCCGGAGCAAUCAGCCGCGCCCCAACGAGCAAUCGCCGGCAUGUUCGAGGAUGAUGCCUCGUCCAGCUUCGCGGAGGACAAUCUCACUGGAUCCGAUGGGGAGUCUUCAGAUUUUGAGAAUGAGGCAGCAGAAGACGCGCUCGGAGAUGCUCCAGAUACAGAUGAGGAGCCAGCCUCAAACCGCACUCCCCAUCACCAUUUCGGGUUCUUUACCAUCCCUGACAACCCAGAGCAUGCUCGCCAGGCGAAUUUGGACAGCACGGAACUACAAAGUGUUCUGUAUCGUAUGGGGCAAUAUUUGUGGGCUGGAACGGGUCAUGCCUGGGAAAGCAAGAUGCUCGCGCGCAACAUCACGAGCAAGGCUUCCUCCCACCGUGCUGGCGCCGACAGUGCGCAGAAGUGGAUGCGAUGGCACAAACACGACAUAAAGACGGUAACGGCACGCAACCUGGCUCUCGACACGUACAAGCUCUGGCAGCUUCUGUCGGAUAUGCCCGCAGCCAGUGAUACACGCGCCCAUCUUGACUACCUGCGCUCGAAACGCGUUUCACACCAGUUGAAGCACUUGAUGCUCGCUAUAAAUCAGUCAGUUAAUGGACUGGUCUCCUACCCGAAAAUCAUGGAGGGUGAACAAACGGAAAAGUAUAGGAGGUGGAACAUCAAGGUGUUGCAAGACAUCCGCCAGAACACCAUCCCCCUUUUGAGUCUCGUGCUCAAGAUGGCCUUUGUUCGCGGGUCUACAAUUGAACAUGUUGAUACGAGGAAUGUGCCCCGGAUGGGGCGGUUCUUAUCGCCCGGGUUGCAGAUGCUUCUUCGCAUUGCUAGAUGGCUACAGCGACUCAUUGAAAGAGCAUGUGAUGAUCACAGCACCGAUUCGACUGACCCGCCACCGCAUCAGGUACGAAUACAACAGGGGCGCGCAAGUACACGCCGUUGUGUUCGAACCUUGAUCGAGCAGGUGUGCAAGGCCAUGGAAGAAGUCGAUGAUAGGGCAAGCGCGAGGGGAGCCCAGGCUGCUGCUGCUGUGCAUCAUUCUCGCGCCCGUAGGCGUCGCGCAGAGUCGAGACUGGAAGAGGAAGAGAUCGAAGCCAAGCUACGGCGAUUCGAGGAGAAGACCGGGGGCAUGUAUCAAGGGCUGGCUAGGCGCAAGAAGCUGGAACGACUUCAACAAGCUCGCGCUGUCUUGUCGGCUACCGUUACCGGGCAUAGGGAGGAUGGCUUCACUCGCGCCACGGUUGGUGCGGCAUCUGCCCGGAGAUCGUGGGAAGAUCUGCCUCCACCGCCGGACUUGAGAGCUGUACAGCCACUGAGCAGCCGCGAGGUGUAUGCCUCGGAGAAUGGAGGAUGGUUUUACGAGGAGGACAAGGCAUUGCUACGGGAGCUCCGCAACUCUCGAGGGUCGCCUAGGGUUGAAAACGUGCAAUGCGUAUUAAAGUAUCGGCGUGAGAAAUUCGACAUCAUCAAGAGACUGAGAGAAUUGGAGACACUGGCAAAGAGGGUUGCUGAGCAGAGGGGGAUUGACAUUCAGUAGGUACAGGCUAUGAGAUUGGCGUUUG